AGUUUGAUUCCUAUUUCUUAAGUUUGUUUGAUCAUCGGCAGAUAACAGCAAGGAAAUGAGAAAAUGUGUUUGAUUUAUCAAAGCUAAUAUUUGGGUUUACGAUUUGAGGACCCUGAGAGACAAGCGGGGACCGUGGGUGACCUCUCAUAUCUUAUGUUGUCCCCUGCCAGAUGCCGCCCUGGGCGGCUGCAGAAUCGUCACUGUCAGGAAGUGACAGAUAAAAGCAAAUGAGGAGGAUUUGAUUUGAUGCCAGGAUUUUUCUGCUGUCCAGCAACAGAGCCAGUGCUUUACACUGAGAAAUCAGACCGAUGACAUGCAUUUGCUAUUUGUAUUGAGUCAUGUGGAUUAUGUAACACUGAGUCCUGAGAUCAGAUGCUUCAGAAAGCUUUGUUUGUCCAAAUGGAGGAAGACGUUCAGUCUGCAAGAGGGAUGCUAUGUUGUCCCCAACAUGCAGCCCAAUCAUUUACCUUCCGCCCGGAGCUCCGCAGCCAAUGACGAGGCAGAAGUUCGCAGGCGCUAUUUAAGACGCAUUCAGUCCAAUGCGGCCCAGACGACAGCGCUAAACGCCCACCAAGACGGGAACUGGAGUCCGUCCAUCGUGGGACUCGCGUCAAUUAGAGCCAUUCUGUCAGAGGAUCUGUGGCUGGAAGAGAUGAGAGCCUGGCAACUUUGGCUUCUGUGCUUCGUGGUGUUGAAUGCGGAUGCGCAAAAAGUGACUUCCCAGGGAGAAGAUCCGGCUGAUUCUUCAUUUGGCAACUUCCUUGACCCCCUGGAAGACCUGUUUGACGAGGAUGAACAUCACUCGGCUAUCGCAAAAUUCUCCCUGCGUGAUCCAUCCCAUCCCGACGACGACCUCUGCUACAUCGUUCCCGGGAAACCAGAGACCCUGGCAGCCUGCGCCUUCAACAGCACGGCCAAAACCUUCCUGGUGAUCCACGGCUGGACGCUGAGCGGUAUGUUUGAAAGCUGGAUGCCGAAGUUGGUGUCUGCGCUGUACGAGAGGGAGCGGACGGCCAACGUUGUUGUGGUGGACUGGCUGAGCUCGGCUCAGAACCACUAUGUGGUCGCAGUUCAGAAAACCAAAGCAGUGGGAAGAGAGAUUGCACGCUUCAUUGACUGGAUCGAGGAAACCACCAACCUGCCUCUUGACAAGCUGCACCUGAUCGGCUACAGCCUGGGCGCUCAUGUGGCUGGAUUUGCUGGCAGCCAUGCCAGCAACAAAGUUGGACGGAUUACGGGGCUGGAUCCAGCUGGGCCUGACUUUGAGGGCGAACACGCCCACAGGCGCCUCUCUCCAGAUGACGCCCACUUCGUGGACGUCCUCCACACCUUCACUCAGGGUUCGCUGGGUCUCAGCAUCGGGAUACAGCAGCCCAUCGGCCACGUGGACAUCUACCCCAACGGGGGCAGCUUCCAACCGGGCUGCAACAUGAGGGGCGCCUUGGAGAAAAUCGCUAACUUUGGGAUAUUUGCCAUCAAUGACGCGGUGAAGUGCGAACACGAGCGCUCCAUCCAUCUUUUCAUCGACUCGCUGCUGAACGAGCAGGAACCUGCCAAGGCCUACCAGUGCGGCAGCAACGACAUGUUCGACCGCGGCAUGUGUCUGAGCUGUCGCAAGGGCCGCUGCAACACUGUCGGCUACAGCACAAGCCAAAUCCGCAGGCCGCACAGCGUUCAGAUGUACACCAAGACGCGAGCUUCCAUGCCUUUCAGAGUUUACCAUUACCAGCUGAAGAUCCACUUCUCCAGUAAAGUGAACGCUUCAGAGAUGGAGCCGUCUCUCACUGUCUCUCUGUAUGGAACCAAAGGAGAGGCUGAAAACCUGGAGCUUAAGCUGAAGGAAAGACUGGAGACAAACAGGACACAUUCGUUUCUUCUGGUCACUGAAACGGAUAUCGGCGACCUGCUGAUGUUGAAGUUCAAGUGGAUGGAGACAAACAGCUGGUCGGUGUCCAACCUGCUAAAGAUGGUUUCCUCUUGGUGGUCUGGGAACGCCGACGGUGUGGAGGUUCACAAAAUCCGUAUCAAAAGUGGCGAGACGCAACAAAAGAUGGUUUUCUGUUUGAAAGACCCCGAUGCCCACAGCUCACACUUGGUCACAUUUGUUAAAUGUAAAAAUGAAUGGAGAAUGAAACGUAAACCAAUUUCAAAGAGAGUAACUCUGAAGAAUGACUGACGAUAAGGAAAAUAUGUUGUUUAAAAUUUGACCAAUUAGGACAUAAUUUAUACACUGUUUGUAUCUUUCUGACAUAAAAAAACCCCUUGUAUAUAUAUCUACAGAUGUUGAGUAAUUCAUGUAAAUGCUGUAAAAUAUCUUGCAAAAAGCUUUUUUUUAUGAUGCAUAACUAUUGUCAUUGAAAUAAAGUAUUUAUAAAAUAAGUAAGUUAUUUAUGGCACUAUUACACCUUGAUGCACAGCAGUGGUAUAACUUUAAUUAGAAACAUUUCUUUACUGCUUGUCCUAAAACUGAUAUCUUUGUUUUAGAAAACAAUUGGCAAAGACUCGUAGUGGCUGAUAAAACCUAAUCAGUGUGGAUGUUUAUAUUUCCAAGGACUUGGAGGUUAUUUUUAUGGGUCAUAGACGAAUGGAAAAACAUGGUUGUUUGGUGUAAAGAGGGUAAAGGUUGAACAUUUUCGAAUGGAAACUUACAAACUCGGAUGUACUUUAAAGGAUCGCUCAAGUUGAGCUGCCUGACUGGAUUUACCAGGUUGGAUCUGCAGGUAGUAAUGUCAUAAAAUAUAUACAGACACCAUAAAAAUUUUUUAGCAUUCACCACUGCUUAGUGCAAACACUCACCACAUAUUCUCUCUAUGGUUUUCUCAGUUUUUCACCUCGGUGUGCAAUGAAGUCGUCAUUUUGAAUUAUGACUUUUACUGAAGGAACCAAAGCAGCCGAAGCUGUUUUGUGUUGUAGUUUGUGCUGCUACUGUAUAGCUCUGUUGUGACAAAAAGAUGUAGCAAACUGUUGAUAUAUAUUUCAUAAGCAUGUGAUGCUAGUUUUGAGUAUUUUCUGUGUCCUUUGGUUCGUUUUCAUUCAUUCAACUGUUAUCCUCACCUCUCCAGAGAUCGGUACUGUUAUCAUUGUGACUUUAUGUUGCAUCUUACACAUGUGCACAAAUAGAGAAUAUUUUCCAUGUACUGUAAAUCUAUCUAAAUACCGUAACAAUGUUUUUAUUAAGAACCACUGUCUUAUAUUUUUGUCUAGAUGAAUGUUUUUCUAUCAUUUUUGUACAUAUUUGUAAAGGAGUCAAACACUGUACUGUAUAAAUUCUUUAAUAAACAAUAUUUGCCAAAGUUAAGCUGUCUACUUCAGUUUGAAAUUGCGAUGGAAAAUUUUAUUUUUUGCCGACACUUUAUUACCAAAUUCAAAUUUGUUUUUGAUUCAAGAAGAACAGGUUAAACUCUCACAUGGCCAUUUCUGAUUUAAAAGAGCAACAAAGCCUGAGAUGACCCAAACUGGGAUGAAUUGUUUCUUCACGUUCUUACUGUUGUGACGCACAUGGUUUUGUUUUUCUCCCGGCUGUCUCAAGGAGACACAGAGAGGAAUCUAACUAAGACACUUGGAAACUUAUUAUUUUUUUUUCAGUAGUAGUAGUAGUAAUGACAAAAUUGUUUUUAUUCCAAAUUAUUUCUUGGUUCUUUUCUCAUAUUUGUUAUAUUAUACAAUACCUUUAAAAAUACAUUCAUUAGUGCCUUUUCUUGUGAAUUUAUGGCACAUUAAGAAUAGAAAGUUGUGCAACAUUAAGUGAAAGGAAAAAUACAACUUGGGA